UCUGACCAAGUAGAUCUAUUUGGACAAAAUUUGAUUGGUGACCUCUUGGAUGUACCAACACCUGUUCCAGCUGAUAAUUCUACUGUCUCCAGUCAUCCAUCAGAGGUUGAUUUAUUUGCUGAUGCCAAUUUUGCAUUGGCGAAACCACAGUCUGAGAUAAGUGUAGAUCUGUUUGCUUCUCAGCCUGCCUCUUCAUCUGCAGCUCCUUCAACCAUAGAUUUUUUUUCUGCACCAGAUCCUGUUGUACAAUCCGAUAUCAGAUCUCCUAAAUCAGACAAGAUAAAUGCUACUACGGUUGAUCCGUUUGCUGCAGUUCCACUAAAUACCUUUGAUAGUUCUGAUCCCUUUGGUACAUUUGUUUCUCAUGCUGAUCCUGUAUCAGUAGCCAGUGAAAAUGCUAAUCGUGGUGGGAAUCAGGAGGAGACUCCUAGCAAAUUAGAUAAAUCUUCUGUCGAAGCUAAGCCCGCACCAAAGAAGGAUGAUUUUCAAGUCAGGUCUGGAAUAUGGGCUGAUUCAUUGAGCCGUGGACUGAUUGAUCUGAAUAUCUCUGCACCCAAAAAGGUCAACCUUGCAGACAUAGGCAUCGUGGGUGGAUUGACCGAUGGGUCAGAUGUGAAAGAAAAAGGGCCUACUACAUUUUACAUGGGCAGAGCCAUGGGUCAAGGAACCGGGCUUGGCCAAUCCGGGUUCACGUCCACAUCAACGGGUGGAGAUGACUUUUUUUCAAGUCACCAGAACUAUCAAUUUGGCAGCUUCCAAAAGUGAUUUCGCAUAUCACCACAACUGAGGUUCAUUCCUCCCAGUUCCCACUAAAUAUUCAUUUGUGAAUUUCACCUCUAAAUAGAAGUAGAGAGCAGUAGUGUGUUGGUGCACAUUAGGAAAGUGAUCAAUGUUAUGUCAUU